ACAGGAGAAGGCUACGUAGGCAUUAAGCUGGUAGAACAGGCUUUGAAAGGUCAGACAGGGAUUGGCAAAUCAUUGUGGAACCUUGGAAUUCAACCGGACACAUCAUGUAGUUGGGUUUCUCUAUUAUUGCCUUGUCUUGUUGAGCCGUUGUUUGGGAAUUCUUGCCUUCACUCAUCUCCUGCAGCCUUGCCUCAUCGCUGUGCCGGCUCCUACAACGCUGAUUCUCAUUUCUUCGUCCGUGUGUUCACCCGUUUGCUAUAUUCACUGAUUGUUUCUACCUUUGAUCCAGAAGAACUUUCAUUGCUAUUCUAUUAUUUAUUCAGGUUAUUUCCCAUGCUCAAAAUAGUAUUCUUAGUUUUCACUGUUGUCCACUGAUUUGAUCUGCCAACAGUUUUUCUUCUUAUCGCCACUGCAGUUGGCUAAUUUAUCUCGUGAUUUCCUACUCCCAACAGGUUUUUCACCCAUCACUGGAUCUAGAAGCAAUUCCAGUGGUGGUCUUUCAAUCCAUUCAGGCCAUCCCACACACAGAAAAUCAAAAAAAAAUAAAAAUUAUUGCUAUAGUGUUUGCCCCCUUUUUUUUCAUUGUCCAUCUUUAUGAGUCGAAUUUGUUCUCCUGUUUUCCUCAAUUCCUCUGGAAACUCUCUUUUAGCCUAGUGGCCCUCACCUUAGAAAAGGAGAAGUCUGCUUAGGAGAAGUCUGUUAUUUUACCUGUUUCUCGUAAUUAGUCUUUCUACAUCCAAGAUCUCUUCAUCCACAAAACAAACACAACUCCCUCCCUUGUCCUAUACACCCAAAAAAAUAAACCCUAUAAUCCGAUGGAAGUGGCAUUAGCUACUGCUGCCUUAAGCGUAAGCUUAAAAUUGGCUGCAUCGCCGGCCUUAAGGAAACUCCUUUCUAAUGCUUCAACAUACCUUGGAGUCGAUAUGGUGCGUGAGCUCCAUGAACUGGAGACCACUAUCUUGCCGCAAUUCGAGCUGUUGAUUGAAGCAGCAGAUAAGGGAAACCACAAGCUCAAGUUGCACAAAUGGCUUCAGGAACUCAAAGAAGGUUUCUACCUGGCUGAAGACUUGCUGGAUGAUCAUGAGUAUAACCUCCUCAAGCGCCAAGCAAAGGGGAAGGAUUCCUUGCCGGCCAAUGCCUCCUCCAUCAGCAACACUUUUAUGAAGCCUCUGCGUGAUGCAUCAAGCAGGCUGUCCAAUCUGAGCUCUGAGAACAGAAAGCUAAUUCAACAUCUGAAUGAACUGAAGACCACCCUGGCGAAAGGCAAGGACUUCCGUAAACUGCUUUGCUUACCAGCUGAUUAUAAUGCAGAGAACCCUCCCAUAUCAUCAUCUGUUGUUCCUGAGACCACAUCAAUACCACCUCUGAAAGUGAUUGGCCGUGACAAGGAUUGUGAUCAUAUAAUAAAGCAUCUUACCAGGACAACUGCUAGUACUGAUUCUAGUAUAGCUUUGUACUCGGGUUUAGCCAUCGUUGGAGCUGGAGGCAUGGGAAAGUCCACCUUGGCACAACUUGUUUACAAUGACCCGAGGAUAAACGAAUAUUUUGCUGUGACAAUGUGGGUAAGCAUCUCACGCAAACUUGAUGUCCGCCGUCAUACACGGGAGAUCAUCGAGUCUGCCUCUCAGGGGGAAUGCCCACGCAUUGAUAACCUUGAUACUCUGCAGCGCAAGUUAACAGACAUACUGCAAGGAUCAGGGAAAUUCCUGCUUGUGUUGGAUGAUGUUUGGUUUGAACCUGGUAGCGAAAGGGAAUGGGACCAACUGUUAGCUCCUCUAGUUUCCCAACAUACGGGAAGCAAAGUCUUGGUAACUUCUCGACGAGAUACAUUCCCACCUGCUCUUUGCUGUGAAGAAGUGUGUCCUCUGGAAAAGAUGGAGGAUGCUCAGUUCUUGGCACUCUUCAGACACCAUGCAUUCUCUGGACCAGAAAUCAGAAAUCCACAGUUGUGUAAAAAGCUGGAAGGUUUUGCAGAGAAGAUUGCUAAAAGGCUUGGACAAUCUCCUUUGGCGGCAAAAGUUGUGGGUUCUCAGUUGAAAGGGAAAACAGAUAUAUCUUCAUGGAAUGAUGCUCUAACUUUAACAAUUGACAAAUUAAGUGAGCCCAUGGCAGCUUUGUUGUGGAGUUAUAAGAAGUUAGAUCCAUGUCUGCAAAGGUGCUUCCUAUACUGUAGCCUAUUUCCAAAAGGCUACAGGUAUGUCAUUGAUGAUUUGGUUUAUCUUUGGAUGGGUGAGGGUCUUUUUGAUUCCUGCAACCAAAACAAGAGAGUGAAAGAUAUUGGGAGGGAUUGCUUCAAGGAGAUGGUCUCUGUUUCAUUCUUUCAACCAUACGUUGGCCCGUAUUAUGUUAUGCAUGAUCUCCUUCAUGAUCUGGCAGAAUCACACUCCAAAGAAGACUACUUCAGAUUGGAAGAUGAUAAGGUGACAGAAAUAUCAUCCACUGUUCGACACCUAUCUGUUCGUGUUGAUAGUAUGAUGCAACACAAGCAAAGUAUCUGCAAGCUACAUCAUUUACGCACUAUUAUCUGCAUAGACCCCAUAGUGGAUGAUGUACGUGACCUUUUUAAUCAGAUAAUACAGAAUUUGAAGAAGUUGCGCGUGCUAUGCUUGUCAUCUUACAGCAGUAGUAAGUUGCCAGAUUCUGCUGGUGAGUUGAAGCACCUUCGGUAUUUGAAUCUUAAAGAAACACUGAUUUCUGAAUUGCCAAGAUCAUUGUGUACCCUUUACCACUUACAGUUACUUCUGUUAAAUGGUAAAGUUAAGAGUUUCCCUGAGAAACUCAGCAAUUUAGUGAAGUUACAACAUCUUGAAUCGAGCUUCAAAGAAGCAAUUCCUAACAUUGGCAAGCUAACUUUGCUUCAACAAUUAGGGGAAUUUUCUGUGCAAAAGAAAAAGGGAUAUGAGUUACAACAGCUCAGGGACAUGAACGAGAUUCAUGGCAGUUUAAGGGUCACAAAUCUUGAGAAUGUUGCUGGGAAGGAUCAAGCCUUAGAAUCAAAGCUGCACAAGAAAAGUCAACUUGGCAGCUUAGAACUUGUAUGGAGUUAUGAAAAUAACACAAAUGCAGAGGAUAGUUUACAUUUGGAGGUUCUAAAAGGCCUGAUGCCACCGCCUCAGCUUAGGGAUCUUACAAUUGACGGUUACAGAUCUUCAGAAUAUCCAAGCUGGUUACUUGAUGGUUCAUAUUUUGAGAAUUUGGGAUCUUUAAGCUUUAAUAAUUGCAGCGCAUUACAAAGCCUACCGUCCAAUAGUAAGCUAUUUGAGAAUUGCUCUUCACUUUUCCUCAGCAAUGUGCCAAACCUAAAGUCAUUACCUUUUCUUCCAGUAGGCCUUCGUUUUUUACAUGUAGACAAUUGCCCACUGCUUAUAUUUAUUUCCAACGAUGAGAUGGAACAUCAUGAUCAGAGAGAGAAUAUCAUGAGGACAGACCACUUGGAAUCACAGUUUCGUUUAAUCUGGCAGGUGGAUUCAAGAUCACUUAUUAGGUCUGUACUCCCGAGGGAACAUUCAGUUCUGAAGCAGUUGUUGACACUGAUGCAUAGUGAUGUGACACAUGUUCAAAACCUUGAGAGCGCUCUACAAAGAGAGAAGGAUAAAGUAUUGGUGAAGGAGGAUGUCAUCAAGGCAUGGAUAUAUUGUCACGAGCAAAGGAUGCGACUCACAUAUGGAAGUAGCAUUGGGCUGCCACUUGUUCCACCAUCAGGACUUCGUCAACUUUAUCUUUCUUCAUGCUGUAUUACAGAUGGAGCUUUAGCUGUUUGCCUUGCUGGCCUAGCUUCACUGAAAAUUUUGUUCUUAGUAGAGAUUAUGACUCUAACUACACUCCCUUCAGAAGAGGUCCUCCAACAUUUGACAGAACUUUCCAGCUUGUCCAUCUAUGAUUGCUGGUGUCUCAGGUCGUUAAGGGGCUUACGAGCUGCUACCUCUCUUUCAUGUGUUGAUUUGAUUUCCUGCCCUUCUUUAGAGUUGGCAUGUGGAGCAGAAUGCUUGCCAUUAUCACUUGAGAGGCUCAGUAUACAGAAUUGUGUGUUUGCAGCUGACUUCCUCUGUACUGACUGGCCACACAUGAAUGAUAUUGUCAUACGGAAUUGCAGAAGUGCCGGAUGCUUGUCUGUUGGUAGUUUCACAUCUGUUAAACGUCUGUCGCUGGAGUGCUUGCCAGAUUUAUGUGUGCUCGAAGGAUUGUCUUCCCUGCAACUUGACCAUUUAAGUUUGAUUGAUGUUCCAAAGCUCACCCCUAAGUUUAUCUCACAGUUUCGAGUACAGGACUCACUUCAUGUUAGCAGUCCUAUAAUACUCAACGACGUGCUCUCAGCUGAAGCUUCCACAGUUCCAGAAUCUUUGACUCUUGAAGGCAGCAAGGAACCAUUCAUUUCAUUUGAGGAAUCCGCAAAUUUCACAUCUGUCAGGAGUCUGAGAUUCUGGGAUUGUCAAAUGAUUUCCCUGCCAACAAAUCUGAAGUGCUUCUCCAAUCUGAAGAGUCUAGACAUCUAUGGAUGCCCCAACAUAUCAUCUUUACCAGAUCUGCCAUCAUCCCUCCGGCACAUAAGCAUACGUUCUUGUGGUGAGCUCUUGAUGGAGAGCUGCCAAGCGCCUCAUGGAGAAAGUUGGCCAAAGAUCAAGCAUAUCCGCUGGAAGGGUAUUAGUUGAAGUGUGAUUUAGAUUCCCACUUGCAAAUAAACGGAAAGGCCCAUGUUUGUGUGCCUUGCAGCAACCUGUUACGAGGUGGAGUUUCUUAUUGUUCGACUGUUUCUUCUCACUCUACCAGCUCCUGUGCUGUAGUGCCACUAUCACUAGCGGUGGAUUCUAUACUCGUGUUGCCAGUUAUCUUUUUUGUUCUUGCUAUUUCAUUGACGGAACAAUUGCCGAAAGUAGUGUCUGAUAUGCAUCUUUUAUUGUUGUAUUGUUCUGCUACCCUCUCCUGGAGCCCGUCGUACUAUCAGAUUAUACGAAUUGUAAUCUUUAUCUCUUGUGUGCACACACCAUGUAACUAAAGUUCUGUUUUAUGAUUUACUCCCAUAACAAGUUAUGUGAUUUAUUG